AUGCUGUUUUUGUUGUUUAUGAAUUACGAUGAUGGUGUUUUUUAUGGUCAAAGCUAUGCUUCCAUUGAAGCAAUUGAGCAUGAUAGCCAUUCGGACACUCGGAUUUUGAUCUCUUAUUGGAUUCUUCUCUCACUGAUAUACCUCUUUGAGUAUCCUUUCCUCAAGCUUCUUCAAUGGUUUCAGUAUUGGCAUUACAUGAAGCUAAUCAUGGUCGCCUUCCUUGUGAUUCCGGAUUUUGGAAGAUCUGCUUAUGUCUAUAAUCACUUCAUUCAAUCAUGCAUCCACAUGAAUCCUCAAGCAGUCAUAAGCAGAUUCAGGAACUGGAAGAACAUAUUUGUCAAGAAAGAAGACUUUACAAUGCAGGCUGAGAAGUAUAUAACACAGAAUGGAAUUGAAGUCUUAGAGGAACUCAUUGCUAGCAAGAUCAUAGAGAAAAGUCUUAAUUCAGAAACAAGAACAUCAGUUCCAACUGCGGAGAAGAAUGAGAUCCUGGAGACAAAUAGAGGAAGGCUUCUCAUGGAACAGAAAGACGCCAAAGAUUUGGAGAUGAUUGAAAAAGAGCAAGUUCCUGAAGGCAAGCAAGUUAAUAGAGCCUUGGAAAGACUCAAAUCAAAUGAAAGCACUUUAUCUGCCAUGGCAAAAACCAAAAAAAUGGCAGCAGACACAGAAUAUGGAACACAUCCUCAGAUUUCUGCAUCUGAGAAUGUACAGAAAGAAUGGACUUGUGCCAUAUGCCAGUUGACGAUGCCUUCUGAAGCUAAUUUGAAUUCCCACGUGCAAGGAAGAAAGCAUAAGGCUGCUUGUGAAGCACUAAACGCGAAAACUAAAGGAACGCCAGUGACAGACACAGGAAGUGGAGCAUCUUCUCAGGUUUCUGCAUCUAAAGAUGUUAAUACAGCCAUGGACAGAUUCAAAUCAAAUGAAAGCACUUCACCUGCCAUGGCGAAAACCGAAAAAAUGGCAGCAGACACAGAACACGGAACACAUCCUCAGAUUUCUGCAUCUGAGAAUGUACAGAAAGAAUGGACUUGUGCCAUAUGCCAGCUGACAAUGCCUUCUGAAGCUAAUUUGAAUUCCCACCUGCAAGGAAGAAAGCAUAAGGCUGCUUGUGAAGCACUGAAUACAAAAACUAAAGGAACGCCGGUGACAGACACAGGAAGAGGAGCAUCUUCUCAGGUUUCUGCAUCUAAGGACGUACAGAUAAUGUGGACUUGUAAAAUAUGUCAAUUGAAAAUACUUUCUGAGGUUGAUUUGAAUUCCCACUUGCAAGGAAGAAAGCAUAAGGCUGCUUGUGAAGCACUGAACGGGAAAACUAAAGGAACCGAAGUGACAGACACAGGAAGUGGAGCAUCUUCUCAGGUUUCUGCAUCUAAAGAUGUACAGAAAUGUAGUUUGAAUUCCCACCUGAAAGGAAAGAAGCAUAAGGCUGCUUGUGAAGCACUGAACGCAAAAAGCCAGCUUGUUGCUGAGAAAGUUCCGGUGAAGAAGAAUGAUGAGUCCACUGGAGAAGAGGAGAUGAUAAUCUAUACACCAAGUGCAUUAGAACAGAAUACCACAAACAGUCAUCAUCCAAAAAUGGAGCAUAAGAAUGUUGAAACUAUCAAUGUUAGUCAGCAGAAUAAAAUCAAAGACGUUGAUGCCAAUACCACCAAGGUGCAAGAAUUGCAGAAGAAGGUAGGAACAUCAAUUGGAAUGAACAGUUCCAGAUUAAGAUGUGAUAUGUGUAAUGCAAAAUGCACCAGUGAAGGUGACUUGGCUUCUCACUUGCGAGGUAGCAAGCACUUGGCUCAAAUUCAAUUACUUACUGCCCAUGGGGUCUUGUAG